GUGGCUUUGGGUUUUCAAGUGUGCAUUUCCUUUGAGGAAAUGUGAGCAAAUGUAACCCGCCCCAUCUUCUGCGUUUUGGAAUGAAGACCUCAUUGCUGGUCUUGACCAUUUGCUGUCAGCUCUUUCUAUGCCGAUGAUCGACAUUCUGCAAAAGCGCAGGUCAUCGACAUGAACGAACAACGAAUAUACGCUCAGAGGGAGCGGGCGGUUGGCUUACCUGCCAAGAAGGGAGGGGUAGCGAACCCUGGUAGUGCGGAUAAGCAGUCUUCUGCAAUACCUGAACCAUUUAGAACAAGGGACAAAAUCCCGCGCGGACCUGAAAACCUGCCUGCCAUAAACUCGUCUGUUGCACAAGAGAGGGAAACCGCAGAUGGUAAAAAGUACUUCAAUAGAUGGUCGAAUUACGACGAUGUCCCAAUUCCAACGGUGCUCAAACAGCUAAUGCCUGAACAAGUGACCACCAUCGAUAUUAAAGCGUACCCAGAUGGAGAGGAACCACCCCCUUCUCCAUCCGAACUUACUGUUCCCCUAAGAAACCAAAGUGUCCAUCGGGAAGCCUCGUCUCAUCAUUCUCAGAAAAGAGCGGCGGAGGCUUCGGCGGUUCAGCGCAAUGCGUUGCCAUCACAAAGGCAACAUUACAUAGACAGUGCUGGAAGUGCCAUAGUCCGUCCCCCAAGGAGAGGGUCUCAACCAACGCCAGCCAAUGCACCGCAACGUGCCACCAAGCCCCCUCUUCCCCUCCCACUUUCACCUCAAACGCGUUCUCAGGAUAGGGAUCGCUCCGGGAAACGGCCAAAGAAGCCUCCGGAGCGUCAAGACUCACAGUACGCUGUUUUUAUGGACUAUAGCUCGGAAGUUGACGGGACAGUCGUAUAUGUAGCGAACCAUGGCAGUCGAAAUGUGGCCAAGGUUCCAACCAUCAAACACAAUGGUGAGCGCUCACCAUACAACGGUCGAUCACCGAAAGAGAUCCGUGAAUGGGCGACAGCCACCGGGAAUGGAGAGAGGUUACAAUCAGGACAACGGAACCAUCAAUGGGACCAAGCACGGCCGGAGUCGUAUCUUCCCCGGAUAGAAAAGUCAGAUGUAUUGCUGAGUGGAUUAAAGGAGAUUGAUGUUGAGAAGAGGGCGACUGGCGAGGACCGAUACACAUUUAGCAUUUCCUCUCCCCAAAUCGAUAAAGGAGAGGGAUAUAAGAAGAAAUCCACGGGUUGUCAUUGCACAAUACUUUAACCAUAUGGACAUGUAGAUUAGAAACCUAUAUUAUCUCUCGUAUAUACAAUUCAGCAUUUUUGUACAUUCCAA